AUGGUCCCUCCCACGGCAAUCGUCACCGGUGGUUCCUCUGGCAUAGGGGAUGCACUAGUACACCACCUCGUCUCCAUGCAAUGGAGAGUUGUCAUCGCCGACAUCAAUCCUCCAAGAGAGGUCAUUCCCGACACAUUAUUCAUUCGGACCGAUAUCGCCUCCUGGCAGGACCAAGCCGAUAUGUUUAAGCAAGCCUACGCAUGGAGUAGACGUCUGGACUUUGUUGCGCUUAAUGCGGGUGUCGACGACAGAGACGAUAUAUUCGGUACGCUCUCUAACGAUGUGAACGAGCCACCACAGCGGCCCGAUACUAAGCCCUUUGAUGUGAACAUUACUGGGACAUACUACGGCAUCAAACUUUCUGCUCACUACAUGACCGUUCCAAGCACAGAAGCCGGCAAGCGUAACGCUGGUGGUAAGAUAGUCAUUACAGCGUCUGGAGGAGGUAUCUAUCCUAUUCCUAUCCUCCCUCAAUAUGUAGCCAGCAAGCACGCUCUUGUUGGGCUUGUUCGGGCCCUGGGGAGAAACCAAGCCACCUCCAAGGCCAACGUUCGCAUCAAUGCCGUCUGUCCUGCCAUCGUCGACACUCCAGCCCUGCCACCGGGCCUAGUGAGCAAGCUUCCUCCGGACCAGAUCACACCAAUGAGCACUGUCAUUCGCUGUUUUGAUGCUUUGGCGGAUCUUACCGACGUCGGGGACGAGGACUGGGUCCUGCGAGGAAGGACAGGAGAGACACUGGAAGGAAACGGGGAUGAAUUGAUAUGGCAUCGCCCGCCCGAGCGGCGCGGCGGAAAAUUUGUGAGGGAAACUGGCAUGCUGGCCGUGGCACAGGCAUACAAGGAGAAAGCCGAAAGGGCUGCGGUAUAG